CUUUCUCUCUUUUCUCUCCUUCUCUCCUUCUGAAAGAUCAUCAUCAUCAGUCUCCUCCUCAUCCUCCUCCUCUCACCAUUACAAGACCAAUUCCAUCUCGAUCUUCCCCAAAUAAUAAUAAUAAUAAUAAUAUUAUUAUUAUUAUUGUUAUGGAUCUCCUCAAUUGAAUUGAGCUUGUAGCUGUUACAAAGCUGUCUUCCUGUGUUACAUAGAUAUCUAGCUCGCUUCCAAACGCACAAAACAAGAUUCUUGAGGAAGGCUGGCCUGAGAACUUCCCUUCUUCUUGGGCCUUGGCCGUUCUCUGCCUACUUAUAGCUCACUCGCUCACUAUUUUGCGCGAUCCAUAUCGCUAGGUAGGUAGUUCAAUGUUAGGCUCUCCGUCGCCGGCUCCUCCGUCUCCGCUCGGCUUCAAUGUGGGGGGAGGCAAGAAAAAGCGGCGGCCGGCGGGGACUCCAGAUCCGGACGCGGAGGUGGUGUCGCUGUCGCCGCGGACGCUGCUGGAGUCGGACCGGUACGUGUGCGAGAUCUGCAACCAGGGGUUCCAGCGGGACCAGAACCUGCAGAUGCACCGGCGGCGGCACAAGGUGCCGUGGAAGCUGCUGAAGCGGGAGGCGUCGGAGGUGCGGAAGCGGGUGUUCGUGUGCCCGGAGCCGAGCUGCCUGCACCACGACCCCUGCCACGCCCUCGGCGAUUUGGUCGGCAUCAAGAAGCACUUCCGCCGCAAGCACAGCAACCACCGCCAGUGGGUCUGCGCCAAGUGCUCCAAGGCCUACGCCGUCCAGUCCGACUACAAGGCGCACCUCAAGACCUGCGGCACCCGCGGCCACUCCUGCGACUGCGGCCGCGUCUUCUCCAGAGUGGAGAGCUUCAUCGAGCACCAGGACACGUGCACUUCCGGCGGAGCUCGGGCGGACCUCCACGUAGGGCCGGCAACGGCGGCGGCGGCGGCGGCGUGCUUGUCCAGGACGACCUCCAGCCCUAGCCCCUCCAGCGACACCAACUUCGCCCCCGGCACUUGGCCCGCAGGGCCCGCCCUGAGAAUGGCCAUCCAUCCCUACCUCGGCGCCGAUCAACCGUCUUCCUCUAGGUCCGUAAUUCACCCGCACCGCCGCAACGAGCUCCAACUCCUUCCCGCUCACACCCGCCCUGCGGGUUCCUCCGCCCCCGCGUUAACGUCUCCGGCGAAGGAGGAAGCGAUGGAUGCGACGAGAUUGCAGCUGUCGAUCGGACCCCCGGCCGACGAGGAGCCCGCCCGCCGCUCCGAGAACGAUCACGGGUCGGUGGUGGAGCAGCUGAAGCGGGCGAUGGUGGAGAAGUCGCUGGCCGACGAGGCGAGGCAGCAGGCGAGGAGGCAGCUGGAGCUGGCCGAGCACGAGCUGGAGAACGCGAAGCGGAUACGGCAGCAGGCGCAGGCGGAGCUCAGCCGGGCGCACGCCAUCCGCGACGGCGCCGUGAGGCAGAUCAACGCCGCGCUGCUGCAGGUCACGUGCUACGCCUGCCGGCAGCAGUUCCAAGUGCCGGCGGUGACGGCCUCCGAGGAGAACAACUCCUUCGUCGUCAGCUACAUGUCGUCGGUGGUCACCGAGGGCGAGGAGGACAUGACGAACGACGGCCGUAACCGCCGGGAAAAGAUCUAGCUAGCUAGCUAUAUCUACCUCCCUCCAACUUAUUGCCACAACUCAAUUAAUUAAUAUAACUGCAUUCCAAUGAUCGAUAUUAUAUAGAUCCUCUUCUCCAUUUUCUCCUUAAUUCUCUCUAUCUCUCCCUAAAUAUAAUUAAUAUUGUUGGGUGAUGCAUGUAAAUUAAUAUCGAACGUCGUGCUAUUGAGACAUGCAAUUGGAUUGUAAUAUAUUUUAUGUUCAAUGUUCAUCAAUCAUCAUCUCCAUCUUUAUAUA